CAACCUCACCAAUACAGCCCUCAUAAUCUACCUCCGAGGGGUCUGAAUCGGCAAACAAGGGGUCUUCAUAUGCCUCCACCAGGCUCUCAGUUUGACCCUCAAGGAUUGAACAGGCAUCCAAGUACUUUUCCCACUCCUUCUGAUGGACUAACUAGACAUCCUCCCAUGCAACAUAGAGGUCCCAAUAUGGGGAGUUACCCACCUAGAAUGACUCCCCAUCAACAUCAGUUCCCUGGUGCAGGUGUCCCACAUUCAGGAAGAUUUCAACAGAGGCCCCCAUACCGAGGAAGUCUCCACCCUUUGCCUCAAACUAGAAUGAUCCACUCUGACAUGAGACAGACAGCACCAAAAAUGCAGAAGUCUAAUGGAGAAAGGACGAAGCAUCAUGCACAUGCACCAAGUGAGGUCCAAGGAGUCCUUGGACAACAAGAAGUUCUGCAAAGACCUUCAGGACUAAAAGGCAAAACCAGACAAAGAGGAGGAGGUCCAUCUAGAAAGGCACAACAGUCUGCCACACAAAGACGCAAAAAAUCUGCAUCUUCAAUAAUCCAUCCCGUUCCUAUGCCACGUUUUGAUCUUAUGGCUUUGGCAAAAGAAAUUAACAGUGACAUAAUACCAAAGGAUGACCUUAUUGAAGUUGUGAAAAGGUUUCAGUGGACUUCAAAUCUGCAGAUGUCUCCUACAACACAUAACCUCUUUAGCGAUGUUAUUGAGCAGCAAAGCAGUAGAAAAUUAUCCACAAGUCAACAGAAUUCUGCCUUUAAGUUCUCACCUAUACGCUUGAUUGACACCCUAGAAGGAAUGUAUUGUUUGAAAGAUAACAUAUUCUUCAAGAUUCCAGAUGAUGUUGCUGUCAGAUGGAGAGUCUUAGCUAUUAAUGAAAAGGCUAAAACAUUAGAAGGUGACAAUUCAGAUCAAAUGAGACUACAGUUGAACCCUGAAUUAAGAAGCCUAGAUCACCAAAAGAAAGCUGUAUUAGAUGGGAACCAGGGGGGUUCACUAAAGACUAUCACUCAGGCACCUAUUAUAGAUAAAGCUCAAUCAGUGAACCUGGUUAGCCCUGAUUAUAUGUACAGUGGGAAUUCUCAACCUUUGAAUAAUGGUAAUAUCACCCAGAAUAAAAAUAGGAGAACGAGUCUUGAGGAUAUGUUCAUCGAAUCACCAACUGUCAAUGCAAGUUUAACACCGCAGUUCUUCCCGAUGAAUCCUACUCAAAAUUCUCAUGAAAUCUCGCAAUCUCAAACUCAGAGUGAGGCUUCUUCGAAAACUUAUCAAUCCGUUGGAAGCAAAGACCACAUGCCGAAACUACGAAAUCUGUUGAUGCUGAAAGCUUCCGACAAGACAACGUCUAGUGACGUCCUUUCACCUACGAUGAGGGCCAUCACUAUAACUCCCAUGUUACCUCCACCCUCGAGAGCAAAUGUCACAGAGGGACUCGGGGCAUAUCAUAUCCCAGAGAUGCGAUAUAUCGAACCAUUCGCAAGUGACUCUGCAGAUCUUCCGAAUCGGCCUAUGGAGGUUGGUGGCCGGCUACUUAAGGUCCCCUCUCUUCUGGUACAUGAACUAAAAGACUUUGACUCAUCACAUUUCCAAAAUGACGGAAUUAAAAAUUGGCGCACAAUUAUAGCAUUAGAUUUAGCAAGUGACAAUGACCAAAUAUCUAGUAGUUUUAACAUUGUGGAUGAAGUUUUAAACAACAAAGAACUGAAGCGAGGAAUUUUAACAAAUAAACCUAUAAUUAUUGCCCCUUGUAUGAUACCCCCAAAGUUUGACAAAGUAAAAAGAUGGCAUGAUGAUACCACCAAGAAAAUAUUAGACAACAUCAAAUCAAAAGAAGCAAAAAGGGAAAAAUUAAACCCAGAUGCCAAAGAUACAUGUAUGGAAGACAAAAAGUCAAAAGAAUCCAUUAGUUUAGCAAAGCAAAGCCAAGAUGAGUCAUUUGAAAAUGAGACAAAUAAAAGUUAUAUUGAAGAAGAAAUUCAAGAUGAGAACACCGAAGCUUGUCAAGAGAAGACACUUGAUAAUCUAGAUGAAAGUUACAAUUUUAUACCAAACACUCCCAAAAUUUCUAAGAGUUCCGUCUCUCAGUUCCCUGCCAUGAGAACAAUCAAGAGAACAAAAUCCAGGGACUCAAAGGGAAGUGAAGAUUCUGAUAAUCAAGAUAUUUUGAGUCCCUCUCCAGAUAACACCAAACGUAUAAAAUGGGAUUCCACAUUAAGAACUCCAAUGUUGCGACCACGCUCUAUCACCAUGGAAACACCAUCAGAUAGUAAAGACCCCAUAACCCCAGUAUCAAUUCUAAGAAAAAGAUCCACCAGUACUGAGACUCCAUCAGAAGGAAGAAAAUCCCCUGAUAGUUUACAAUCAAGGGA